CUUACUACGUUUGACAUUAAUACUGAAAAGAUAUUUUAUGCUUAUAAUGUAAAGUUCAUUUUGCAUUAGCAAUAGAUGUAAGGCAAAAACGGUCUCGAAAGAGAAUCACUUUUUGGUAGCCGUGUCCCUCUCGCACAUGUUGCCAACGUUCAUUACCUUCUAAAUUAAUAAUAUUAAUGGCAGUAUUAGUACAUAAAUAAAAAAAUCUAUAUUAGACUACAGUAAUAAAAAAUAAAAUAAAAUAAUAUUGUCUGCUUAAAUCCUUAGAUCCUAUACUUUAUUAUGUUACAAAUUUAAUAAAUGGAAUUAUUAUAGCAGUCGUAUAGUAGAAGUUAUUGUAGUUUACGUUUCGGCAACACCGUGAACUGAAAAAAUGAAUGAAUUCUAUUGAACAAAAUGGCGUUUGUUUACAUUUGUGGUUUGAUGAUAAAGAAGGAUUGAAUAACUUUUAAGCUAGCUUUUUUUUAUAUCGUAGAAGUUACUGCGUAAUUAUGGUGAAUACUUGUGUUGUAAGAGGUUGUAAGCAAGAAUCCUAUCCAGGUUGUGAAAUAUCCUUUCAUAGGAUUCCAGUUAAUAAAGAGUGGAGGGCCUUGUGGGUUGAUGCCAUGAACCUUGACACUAAUGUGACAAAAACUGCAUGUGUUUGUAGCUUACAUUUUACUGAUGAUGCGUAUUUAACAGUAGCUAAGAAUAAGUCAAAGCCACAAGCAGUUCCUUCAGUAUUGCCUAAGAUAGUUCCAGAAAGCAAAAAAUUUACAGUUCUGCGUAUUCAAAAGUUGAAAGGAGGAUCUUUUGUACAUACUUCAUAUUCUAGUCAUAUCACAGUAGUAGGAACUUCUUAUGAACGAAGAGGACCUUCUAGUAAACGGGAUGAUGUAGAAAUGUCUGGUGAACCGCCCAAUAAAAAAAACAAAAUGGAAGAAUCAAGCAAUAAAUAUUAUAUAUUGGUUACCCAUUGUGUUUUAUUUCCUACAAUGUUGGUUACAGAUUUAGAAAUCUUUAAAUCUCAAAUUUUAUCGCAUUUAUAAUUAAAACGGUAAGUGUAAUCUAUACAACAAUAAAUAAUUUUGUCCUAUAUUUUAAUGUCUCAUUGUCACCAUAUUAGACAAGGACACAGCU